UCCAUCAUAAGGCAUGCGUUCUUUCCUGUGUCAAAAUGGCUGCCAAAUUUUCGAGGUUUCAUGAGAAUCGUUCUUACGAGAGUGGAAGUACCGAUCUAUCUCACUUUGAUGAUGAUGAACCAACUGUGGAGAAGGCGACCUUGGAUGCACACAUUACUGAGGAAAAUAUUGGAUAUCAGAUGGCUUUGCGACUUGGCUGGAUUAGUGGAUCUGGACUUGGGAAAAAGAAGCAAGGUCGUACAGAACCAAUACCUCUAGUCAUGAAGGAGGAUUCUUUAUGUAUCGGCCGUCUUACUCUUGAGUUUGAGCAAGCAGAUGAAGCCACACGUAACAGGAAAGUUUUGGAGAUUGAGAAAGAAGAUAAUGAAGAACUGCAGCAAAAAUAUCAGAAUGAGCAAGAGAAGGAAAGAGCAAUUGAGGAAAGCUUGAAAGAUCUAAAAGAGAUGUUCUAUUGUGAACUUUGUGACAAACAGUACUUUAAGUACAAGGAGUAUGAUAACCAUAUCAACUCUUAUGACCAUGCACACCGCCAGCGACUCAGAGAACUUAGGCAAAGAGAAUCAACAAGAAACAUUUUUGCAAAGAAGAAAAAAGAACAGAAACAGAUGGAAAAGGAAUUGAUGAGGCUCCACCUUAUUUCUGGAAAGAAUACUGAAUCAAGUGCUAAUGCAGGAUUUAAGUCAGUGUUCAAGUCUUCAUCUACUGGUCCAAACAGCACAUCUGGUUUUAAGCCAAUCUCAGUCAAUAAGAGCUUUCAAGCAGUCCCACCUCCAAAACCCAUUGAAUUUUCACCCCCUCUUCCAAAUGAGCUUGCCCCACCCCUCCCUGAUGAACCAGUCCCUCCACCUCCACCUUUACCACCAUUAGAUCAACAAACUGAGAAGCCUCUUAGCUUCAAAAUGGGUUCCUCUUCUGAUGGGAAAGAUCAGCCCCAGAAACUUAUCGGUACAGCCACUGAAAAGAAGGGUCUUUCUUUCAGUCUUGGCAAGAAAAAAUGUGCAACUGUUAUACAGUUUGGCACAAAAUGUAAACCUACCAAGAGUACAGCUGCUGCUGCAUUUGCUGAAUCAAGUAGUGAAGAAGAGGAAGAGGAAGAAAUGACAGAGGAAGACAAAAGAACAUCAUUUGAGAAUGAGGAACUUUUGUCCACUCCAACCCAACAACAGGAUACCCUUGAAAAAGUAAUAGAGUAUGCUGAUACUUUGAGAUUAAAGGAGGCUCUCAGGCCAAAACUGUUGAUUAGGUUUGUGAAAGGGACAGAACAGGGUGGAGUACUUCCUGGAACUUUACCAACAUCAGCUGAUGAAGGUGAAACUACAAACAAGUUCCAGGAACCCCACAGAAAGUUCACUGAGAGGAAGGAGGUGAAAAGUGAAAAUGAGGAAGGCAACACCAAGGAUUCAGGAAACAGCAGAAUGAACAUGAAGGAUGGAAGAGCUGGCAGUUAUCAAAGAGACAGGUCCAAAGGUUACAAACAUGGGAAGAAUUCUAGCCAUCAGAGAGAGGAUUUUGACAGGAAAAAUAACAGAAGGGAAGAAAAGUAUAAGUACAGACAAUCAAAAGAUUGCGAUGAAAAGAAAGAGUACAGAAAACAAGAUAAGAAUUCCAGCAGGGGUAGAGAAAGUAAGAAUGAUAAGUAUAACCACAAGGAAUUUAGAGAGGUAGAGCACUCCAAAUAUGGACGAAAAUCACCAAAUUUGAAAAUGGAACCUAAGGAUGGAAAAAGAAGAUUUAGGGAAAAUUUGGUAGAUAAGUAAACUGGCAAAAUAAAGGCCAUGGUUAAUUUAUGGCUAUGGCUUCUGAAAGCCAGAAUAAUUACCGUCACUGUGGUACUUGAAAGACAGGAUAAGUUGCCGUUGAAAGUGAAAAAUAUAUCCAGUCUUGGGAGGUGAUGUUGUCGGAAUGUGCGAGUAAAUGUCUAAAUACUGGUUCUCACAAGACAAUUUUAUAAGUCCUUUGAAGCUCUCUUAAUAAACACACUUUUAAGUUAAAUGCUCUGCUUACAAUUUAUAAAUUAUGGUUAUUUGACAAAAUACCCUUUUUAACAAUUCCCAGUGAGAGCUGUCUUCAUAUUGAGGUACUUGUGGUUUUCACUUUUCUAAUGGUGUCAGAUGGUAGGGUUUAAAAUGACUAGAGCUGACUAGAGCAGUACAAAAGAUAGGAUAGUUGCCAUUAAGAUUUCCAUGUUCUAGGUGUAAAAUCUCGUGGUAAAAAGUAUGUAAAGUUUUAGUGAGUCCCAAUAGAAGUUUGGAGUAGAACACAUUUGAGAGAAAGAUUGUGUUCUUACUUUUUUAUAUACAGGAAGUAUUAUUUUUAAAGCCCUCUUUAGAACUCUUCAGAAUUAUCUAGUCACAAAUUGAAGUUUCAACUCAAGAACAAAGUUUUUAAAGAUCCAUCAGAGAUUAGAAAAACAAAGGUCAACAACAAACCCACAAAUCCACUCAGGAUACUCACUUCGCAUUUUUAUUUUCAAUUUUCAGUUCGUUUUAUUCACCCAUUGUGUACAAUUAGAAAGUGCAUUGUUUCCAAGGCACUUUGUCACAUGUAAUAGACACAUGAUUGUGACAGCUGUCAGAAAUGCAAUAACUCAAAUUAUUAAAAACUGGAUCAUUGGAUAAUGCAA